CAAGAGAGAGAGAGGGCGCGAGCCCCAAGGCAAGCGACAUGUCCCUGUGGGGAGCAGAGCCUCUGCACCCCGGAGCGAGGAGGACGCAGGGGUCAGGGGCGGUGGCAAGGCGGGCAGAGGAGGGCCCUGCGGAGGGGGGUGGGCUGCUGGCCCGGGGGGAGCAGUCAGGAAGGGAGGCCGGCUGGUGACAGGGGAGCCCCGAGGCGCCUGGGGCUGCGUGGAGAGCCCGGAAGACGGUGGCCAUGCCUCACAGCUCCGACAGCAGCGACUCCAGCUUCAGCCGCUCUCCACCCCCUGGCAAACAGGACUCAUCUGAUGAUGUGAGAAAGGUUCAGAGAAGGGAGAAAAAUCGCAUCGCUGCCCAGAAGAGCCGGCAGAGGCAGACACAGAAAGCCGACACCCUCCACCUGGAGAGUGAAGACUUGGAGAAGCAGAACGCGGCGCUGCGGAAGGAGAUCAAGCAGCUCACGGAAGAGAUGAAGUACUUCACGUCGGUGCUGAACAGCCACGAGCCCUUGUGCUCUGUGCUGGCCCCCGGCGCGCCCUCGCCCCCCGAAGUGGUGUACAGCGCCCAUGCCUUCCACCAGACUCACGUCAGCUCCCCGCGCUUCCAGCCCUGAGCUCCCCCGAGGGAGGGCGAGCAGAGAGCAGAGCCUCUGUCUCCAGCUGCUCCCAGGGUCUUGGGAGGGGCGCACAGACUGUAUGUAGCCCGGCAGCCCUCCUCCGUCAGCGCCCUCUCUCCACGCAGAGAGCCAGAGGCCGAGGCCGGACUCCAGGAUCAAGAGCCCGGGGAUGGGAACGCACGGCAACUGGAAAUGUGUGCAGCUGCCCGCAGCGUGGCCACCCGCCGCCAGGGGCCUGGACCUUCAACUGGGUGGGAGGCCUGACCCAAAGCUAGGUCAAGCAUGAUGCCCAAGUCCGGUGACCCAGAGGGAGGAGGGUAGGGCAGGGUUAUUUUUCUAAAUAAAUGAGUUAAAAGAAACCAAUCUGGCAAGGGCUUGAAACCUAAAGUUCUGUGGGGUUUGGGUCAUGUUUUUGGUCCUUGGGCUCAGGAGCCCUGAAAGGUCUGGCGACUCUGCUCAUACGGUUCUUUCCCACAGCUUGUUCAUCUACUUGGGAAGCUGGGUUUUCUCAAAGCGUCUUCAGUUCUUCCUCUAGGCAUCUCCAUCAUUUCCCUCCCCACAUUGCCUCUAUGCGACCUCCCACUUUCCAUGCCUCAUUGCGUGAUACUUUCUAGAUUGUCAGCUUGAGACGGUUCUAGGGUCAUUCUCCGCAGGAGAGAA